CGGCCGGGCCCGCCCCUUUCCCGCCUGACAUCUGAGAGAAUCGUCGCAAGUUUUGGUUUCUCACCCUAGACCUGGUGUCUAGAGCACCAUGGCAACUGCACAGAGGCUGAUGAGAGCUAUUAGAGUUUUUAAAUUUGGUGGGCCAGAAGUGAUGAAACUCCAGUCAGAUGUUGCCAUACCAAUUCCAAAGGACAAUCAGGUUCUAAUCAAAGUCCAAGCAUGUGGUGUCAACCCAGUGGACACGUAUAUUCGCUCUGGUACUCACAAUAUGAAACCACUUCUACCCUAUACUCCUGGUUUAGAUGUGGCUGGAAUAGUAGAAGCUGUUGGAGAGCAUGUAUCUUCUUUCAAGAAAGGUGACAGAGUUUUCACAGUCAGGACGCUCUCCGGGGGCUACGCGGAGUAUGCUUUAGCAGCCGACGACACUGUUUACAUGCUGCCAGAAAAACUGGACUUUAAACAAGGAGCUGCCAUUGGGAUCCCAUAUUUUACUGCUUGUCUUGCUCUGCUCCACAGUGCCUGUGCGAAAGCUGGAGAAAUUGUUCUGAUUCAUGGGGCUAGUGGAGGGGUUGGAAUAGCAGCGUGCCAAAUUGCUAGAGCUUAUGGCUUAAAGGUUUUGGGCACAGCUGGUACUGAGGAAGGACAAAACAUUGUUUUGCAAAAUGGAGCCCAUGAAGUGUUUAAUCACAGAGAAGUUAAUUAUAUUGAUAAAAUUAAGAAAUCUGUUGGUGAAAAAGGAAUUGAUGUGAUUAUUGAAAUGUUAGCUAAUGUAAAUCUUAGCAAUGAUUUGAAUCUUUUGUCACAUGGAGGACGAGUAAUAAUUGUUGGCUCCAGAGGUCCUAUUGAAAUAAACCCUCGGGACACUAUGACAAAGGGAUCUAGCAUAAAAGGAGUUGCUCUCUAUUCAUCAACCAAGGAGGAAUUUCAGCAGUUGGCAGCAGCCCUUCAAGCUGGAAUGGAAGUUGGUUGGUUGAGACCUGUGAUAGGUCCUGUGUAUCCACUGGAGAAGGCGGCCCAGGCUCAUGAAGACAUCAUUCACAGCCGUGGGGCUACUGGGAAAAUGAUCCUUCUCUUAAAAUGAUUACUCCUUCCUUAGAUUUCCUAUGUAAUUAGAUGCUUUAAUUAGCAUCCUUUCGUUUCAGUGAUCUUGUUAUAUUUGAAAACAAAGUUUUAUCCUUAGAGAUCACAGGCAUUGGAGUAUGGUUUACUUUGUGGCUGGCUGUAUUCUUUAUGCCUACCACCUCAUCAAGGAGUCAUCCUAAUAGGAACUAGAAUGUUGGUAGUCUCUUGGCAUUGGUGCGCAUUACAGAAAUUCCUAACUGAUGCUUGAUCAUUAAUUCCCUACUUUUGACGAAGACAUGCUAAUUCAAAAUAACACUACUUGAUUUCCAAGCCUACUUCUCCUUAUAAAGCUUCUUUAGUCUGAUUAGUCCAGAACUAUAUUGGACUCUGAAAGUUUUCUGGACUGAAGUAGACCCCUUUUCACCAAAACUGAUCUCAUCUAGAUCUAUACAUCUCUCAGAGGGCAAGAUAACAUCCAAAGAAAUUUAUUCGUUUUCCAGUAUUUCCCCAAAUAUUAGAAUAUUCAGUACGUUAAUGAUUGAUUACCAGCAGUCCAUAUAUUCUGUGAGGACAGCAGCUUUAUCUUUGGUAUAAUAUAGUAGGCACAUAGUUUACAAAUAGGUACUUUUUGAUGGAUUCAACUUCAAAGUGGAUUUAGAAUUUUCAGUUUGUAUGAUGAAGAGUGUAUAUUUUUAUUAAAUUAAUAAAUGAAUUAACACAUUAA